AUGGCGGCUGCGGACGCCUCGACGACUCGCCUGGCCCCUUCUUCCUAUCCGCAGAUGGGGCGGAAGAAUCGGUUCUGGGGUGCUGCCGAGAUACAGUGCACCCGGUGUGCGAAAAAAGUGUCCAGAGUUUCCGGUCACCAUCAUGAACUUCAAUGUGGACAUGCCUUUUGUGAACUGUGCUUGUUAAUACCUGAAGAAUACAGCACAAUUAUAUGCCCUGAUUGUGAGGUUGCUACAGCUGUAAGUACAAGGCAAGGAAACUAUCCAAUAGAUGGAUCUAUUAAAGAAGAUUCUUUUAUGGAAAGACUGCAGCCUAAAAAGACAAAGAAUUGUUCUCAGGAUUUUAAAAAGACUGCUGAUCAGCUAACUAUUGAUUUUGAAAAUUCAACGUCCAUACACAGGACUGUUUUGAACCCAUCAACUAUAAUGGCGGAGACUAAAACUACAGAAGAAAUUGAUGAAGCAUUGAAGAUAGCAGGUUAUAAUUUUGAACAAUUAAAUAUUGCUGUAAAAAUGCUUGAACACAUGCAGAAUCAAACAGAAGAGGAGACAGACAGUCUUAUAGAGGUUAUUGAGAAACAAUUUGAUCAACUUUUUACUUCUCUUGAUUCCAGGAAAAAGAACCUGUGUGAAGAAGUUUUAAGAAAUACAGAUGAUUACUUAGCAAAUGUGAUAAUGGUUAAAGACUACAUUGAAGAGAAAAAAAAUGAUUUGGACGCAGCCGUGAAGAUAGCAAGAGAGUUAAAAUCAGCACCUUCUCUAAGGACAUAUUGUGACCUGAAUCAGAUUAUCCGAACUUUGAAGUUAACAUAUGACAGUGAACUGUCAGAAGUUAGUUCUCUAAAACUAAGGAGCUCUCCCAGGUUGAAUAUGAAUUGCAGUGAGAUCAUCUGUAUGUUCAACAAUAUUGGGAAAAUUGAAUUUGAGGACUCAAGAAAAUUUUAUCCCCAAGAAGAUGAAAUUGGACAGAAUAUUCAAAGGAAGUACAAUAAUAAAAAGGAAUUUUCUUGUCAUGAUACAUACCUAUCACUAGAAGAGAGAAAGUUGGACGUAUCUGUCCUAACUAAUGAAGCAUCACCAACCCCUUUACAAUGUGAAACCAAUGAUGUGCGUUUAGAAGCAAAACACUUCCAGCCGAAGAAAGAAGUUGUCGCUAAAACCUUUGCCGCUCUACCACAAGUAGGAUCUAGUCCUGAUGUGAUAAUUGAAGAAAUUAUUGAAGAGAACCUGGAAAGUUCUCCAGAGCUAGUUUUAGUAAGCCACGUAAUACACCCUUGCCGCUUCUAUGUUCGGAAGUAUUCACAAAUAAAAGAUGCAACAUUGUUGGAAAAGAAGGUGAAUCAAAUUUGCAGCAAGAGUUUACAUGUCAAUCCUUCAGAUAUUUUGGAGCUAGGUGCAAGAAUAUUUGUCAACAGCAUUGAGAAUGGAAUGUGGUGUCGAGGAACUAUCACUGAAUUAAUUCCAAUAGAAAGUAAAGAUAUUAGAAAACCUGGUAGUCUAAUCAAGUACUCAGUCUGUGAAGUUGCACUAUUACAAAUAUUUAUGGUAGAUUUUGGAAAUUCUGAGGUCUUAAUUGUUCCAGGAGUUGGUGAUACCCAUGUGAGAAAAGAACACAUUGCUGAGCACCAUAUAGUACUAAGUGAUCUAUGUCUGGUUCUAAGAAAGCCUGAAUCCUGUUUUGAAGGGCUGCUGAAAGACAUCCAGCCAUUUGCACAACCAUGCUCACUGAAAGACAUUGUUCCACCAAGUUCAAAUAAAGGCUGGGGAGAGGAAGCUAAAGUGGAAUUUUUGAAAAUGGUAAAUAACAAGGCUGUUUUAAUGAAAGUUUUUAGAGAAGAAGAUGGUGUGCUCAUUGUAGAUCUGCAGAAGCCACCAACCAAUAAAAUAAGCAGUGAUAUGCCGGUGUCUCUCAGAGAUGCAUUAGUUUUUAUGGAACUAGCAAGGUUUAGGUCACAAUCACCAAGAAGCCACGCUGAAAACAAUAUGACUUUACACUAUAAUCCACCUAUUUUGCCUAAAGAAAUGACAGAUGUAUCAGUUAUGGUUUGUCAUAUAAAUAGUCCUACUGAUUUCUACCUUCAGUUGAUAGAGAGCCUGGAUUUUUUGUUUCUGUUAAAGACAAUGGAGGAAUUCUAUAAAAGUGAAGAUGGGGAAAAUCUGGAAAUCCUCUGUCCAGUUCAAGGUCAAGCCUGUGUAGCUAAAUUUGAAGAUGGAGUUUGGUACCGAGCAAAAGUCAUUGGAUUGCCUGGGCACCGGGAAGUUGAAGUUAAAUAUGUUGACUUUGGUAAUACUGCAAAAACAACACUGAAAGAAAUGCGUAAAAUAAAGGAUGAGUUUCUGAAUCCCCAAGAGAAGGCAAUUAAAUGUAAGCUGGCCUAUAUUGAACCAUGUAAAAAGACAAACCAAUGGUCCAGAGACGCUAAAGAAAAAUUUGAAGAAAAGACUCAAGAUAAAUUUAUGACAUGUUCAGUCAUUAAAAUUCUGGAAGAUAAUGUACUCUUAGUUGAGCUUUUUGAUUAUCUUGGUGCUCCUGGAAUGACUGCUACUAGUAUUAAUGACCAGCUGGUCAAAGAGGGCCUAGCAUCUUAUGAAGAAGGAUACACCAUCAAAGAUAAUUCCAAAAAGCAUAUUGAAGUAUGGGAUCCUUCUCCAGAAGAAAUUAUUUCAAAUGAAGUAAACAACUUAAAUCCUGUAUCUACAAAAUCUCUACCUAAUGAGAAUUUCCAGUCAUUUUAUAAUAAGGAACUACCUGUGCAUAUCUGCAAUGUAAUAUCUCCUGAGAAGAUUUAUGUUCAGUGGUUAUUAACAGAAAACUUACUUACUAGUUUAGAUGAAAAAAUGGUAGCUGCUCAUGAAAAUUCAAAAUGGGAACCUAUUAAAUGGGAAAAGGAUAUGCAUUGUGCUGUUAAGAUCCCCGAUAAACAUCAGUGGAGGAGAGGCCAGAUCAUCAGAAUGGUUACAGACACAUUGGUAGAGGUCUUGCUGUAUGACGUGGGUGUUGAACUAGUAGUGAAUAUUAACUGUCUAAGAGAACUUCAAGAAAAUCUAAAGACAAUGGGAAGAUUAUCUUUGGAAUGCUCUCUUGUUGAUAUAAGACCAACUGGUGGGAGUGACAAGUGGACAGCAACAGCUUGUGACUGUCUUUCAUUGUACCUAACUGGAGCCGUAGCAACUAUAAUCAUACAGGAAAACAACACAAUGUGGCCAUUACCUGUGAAAAUUUUCUGCAGAGAUGAAAAAGGAGAACGCAUUGAUGUUUCUAGAUAUUUGAUUAAAAAGGGUUUGGCUUUGAGGGAACGAAGAAUUAACAAGUUAGAUAACAGUGAUUCAUUCUCUCAGAAGUCUCUCGAAAUCUCCCUGGAACAUGAAAGUUCAGUAGUUACUAAGUGUAUUAAAAUUAACUGUGACACUGACAAAAAACCUGCUGAUAUCGGUGAACACAAGUUGUCUGAACUUAAGGAGAAAAUUCUAGAACCAAGAACUGCUAGAUGCUAUAAACCACCAGCUAUUCCUGACAUGAAGGUAUUUGAGGCAGUAGUCAGCUGCAUUGGUGAUGAUGGAACUAUGUUUGUAGUACCUAAAUUAUCAGAAUUUCAGCUAAUAAAAAUGAUGAAUGAAAUUCAAAAUAAUUUUAAAUGCCUUGGUCUUUUGGAGCCUUAUUUCUGGAAGAAAGGAGAAGCCUGUGCAGUAAGAGGAUCAGAUACUAUGUGGUAUCGAGGCAAGGUAAUGGAAGUUGUUGGUGGCACUAUUAGGGUACAGUAUUUAGAUCAUGGAUUCACUGAGAAGAUUCCACAGUGUCAUCUUUACCCUAUUUUGCUAUAUCCUGAUAUACCCCAGUUUUGCAUUCCAUGUCAGCUCUAUAAUACCAUACCUGUUGGGAAUGUUUGGCAACCAGAUGCGAUAGGACUCCUUCAGGAACUACUUUCAAAGAGAGAGGUGGAAAUUCACAUUAUGAAAUUACCUGAAAAUCCAUGGGGGAAGUUAUCUGUUCAUCUCUAUAUUGAUGGAAUGUCACUUUCUUUUUUUAUGGCACACCAUAAAUAUUGUACAUUUGAACAUUCUGAGGAAAUAUUGAAAGAAAAACCAACAGAUUACAAUAAAAAGUUUGAGGAGGAGAGUUGGGAGAUAAGGUUUGAGGAAUUACUUCUGUCUGAAACAGAGACUCCUAUUUUACCACCGUAUUUAUCUUCAUCUCUGCCUCCCCCAGAAGAACUUUACGCUGUUCAAGUUAAGCAUGUUGUCUCACCUAAUGAAGUAUAUAUUUGCCUUGACUCUAUAGAAAAUUUUAAUCAGUUGAACCAACAUAGUGACACAGAUGAUAGUGGAGUCAGCUGGGAAUCGGAAUCUGAGAGCCUUGAUGAAGCACUACGAAGGUUUAAUAAAAAUGUAGAAACAUUUCUUCCUCUGACAGAUUUUAGAACAGAAAUGCCUUGCGUUGCAGAAUAUGAUGAUGGCUUAUGGUAUAGAGCAAAGAUUGUUUCCAUUAAAGAAUUUAGUCCUCUAGCUGUCCUGGUACAAUUUGUUGAUUACGGAUCAACUGAAAAGCUGACAACAAACAGACUGCGUCAAAUUCCUCUUCACCUUACGCAGUAUCCAACGCGAGCCAUAAAAGUUCUUUUGGCAGGGUUUAAACCUCCCCUAAGAGAUUCAGGAAAGACAAGAAUACCAUAUUGUCCCAAAUGGAGCAUGGAAGCAUUGUGGGCUAUGAUAGACUGUCUUCAGGGGAAACAACUUUAUGCUUCUUCAAUCGCUCAGGCACCAGAACAAAUAGUGAUAUUAUAUGAAGAUGAACAGUAUCCAGUUCAUAUGUCACUAGUAGAAAUGGGGCUUGCAGACAGAGAUGAGUGAUGUAAGUAUAUUAAAAUUCUUGUUCAUCCUUAUAAUCAGCAUAAGGCAUGUGACUAAUAUAGCAAAGAUUAAUGGUAAAUUGCCCAUGAAAUCACUCGAGUUUUCCUUGAUUUCUGAGAGGAAUGACAAUUAAGUUUCACAAGAGUCUCUCUUCCAGCUUUCUUCUCCAUUGGGCCUUUCUCACCAGUGUCAAAGAUGUCCCAUAUCUGUAAGAAUGCCUGGAAUGCCUAGCGUGGCUGUCAAGUUACCAUAUACCUUAUGGGGUUA